UUCUGUCGCUCUACUUCCGUGUCCAUCCAGGGUGACCAAAUCCGCUUCACGAAAUAAUUCUGAAUUAGUACUCAAUGUACUGAAGCCUCGACAGAGUACGUCUGCUUACCUGGAGGAAAAUAAUCAUGAUUCGAUCUUCGUGAACAUGUGCGCAAAAAUGGUGAAAGAAGAGUACGAGGAGGGCUUUUGUGGAAUAAAAGAGGAUAACGAGCGUCAACGACUGGACGCUGUCUUCGAGAAGCCUCACGAUGUUUUACACGACGUCACAGAAGAUCUUCAACCAGACCUGCAGGAGCCAGAUCUCUUUUCCAAUAAAGAGGAGGGGCCCUCCCACGUCAAAAGGGAAGAAGGGCCAGAGUCACUUCUUAUUAAAGAGGAAGAGCUGGAGUUACAUAUCACAGAGUUUCCAUUGACAGCCAAGUGUGAAGAAGAUGAUCAUAAUGAUGAGGAUGAAAGAGAAGACUGUCAAAGACCCCAAGAAGAUGGCCUCUUGGCUCCACUAUCAGAGAGUGAUAGGUCACACACUCCUGACACUGAUGAUGAUGGUGGUGACGUUGAACACGCUAAAGGUGAUGUCUCAUGUCACCUUGAUAACAAAUCCAUAAAAUGUCCUCAGUGUGACAAAACAUUUUUCAACAAGUCACAGUUGAAAAGACACACGAUAAGUCACAAUCUAGAGAAGCCUUUUGCCUGCUCAGCUUGUGCAAAAACAUUUGCUCAUAAGGGACAUUUGAACAUACACAUGCGGAUGCACACUAAGGAGAAACCUUUUUCCUGCUCACUUUGUGGCCUGAAAGUAACGCAUAAGAGUAGCUUAACAAAUCACAUGAGAAUUCACACUGGAGAGAAACCCUUUGUCUGCUCAGUCUGCAACUUAAGUUUCGGAAGACGUUCAUAUUUGAUAAAACACACACGAAUACACACUGGGGAGAAACCAUUUUCCUGUGUAGUUUGUGACAAAAGAUUCUGUAUAAAGGCAGAUUUAAAAACGCACACAAGAACACAUACUGGUGAAAAACCUUUUGCCUGUUCGGUUUGUGGCAAAGCUUUUUCUUUGAAGGGAAGUCUAAGAAUACACACAAGAACACACACUGGGGAGAAGCCAUUUGUCUGCCCAGUUUGUGGUAAAAGUUUCACUGUGAAAACAUGUUUAAUAAGGCACGCAAGAACACACGAUGGUGAGAAACCUUUUGCCUGCUCAGUUUGUGGUAAAAGAUUCCAUGUGAAGACGUGCUUGAUAAGGCACACUAGAACACACACUGGAGAGAAACCUUUUGCUUGCACAGUCUGCGAUUUAACUUUCAUCGAUCGCACAGGAUUAGUUCGACACACAAGAACACACACUGGGGAGAAACUGUUUGCUUGCUCAGUUUGCGGUAAAAGUUUCACGCAAAGAUGCAUAUUAGAGAAACACACCAGAAUACACACUGGUGAAAAACCAUUCAGUUGCAGCCUGUGUGAUAAAAGAUUCUCUCGUAAGGACCGAGUUAAGAGACACAAGUGUGCUGGUGAGAAAACGAGUGGCAAGUGAAACAUGAACUCUGAAGCCAGUUGGCAAAGUGCACAAGUGGCCCUAAAUAAAAUACACAUUUUGAAACGGUUCAGUCCAGUUUGUUUCUAUGGUCUUGCCAUGGCUGCGGCCGGAUCUGUGUGAAAGAGAGUGGGAGGAGCCCUUUAUAGGCAUUCAGGUGGUAACAUGAUGCGUUGGGCAGGUCAGGCGAGAAAGAAUACACAUGACAUCACUUUCAGUAUCCCUUGAUAGUCUGAACUCAAAGUCCAGCACCCUCUAGUGGCCAGAAGAAACCUUUUCAUACAGUAGUGACUACACGAGAGUAGAAAGUGAACAAACCUGCCCUGUGCAACACAACGCACAAUAUACAUAUAAUUUAAUUUUAAAUAUGAUUUACAAAAUAUACUUCAUUUGCAAAAUGUACAGUCUGAAUAGGAACCGCACUAAACCAAAAAAAUUAAGGGUGUAUUCAGACCAGAAAAGUCCUUUAGUCCGCUUGUUUGGUCCGGGCCGAAAGUUGUUGUUUUUUUCGUUUGGUGCGGAUCCUAUUCGGACUUUACAUUUUGCAAGUGAGGUAUAUUUUGUAAACACAUCCACGCUUGUGAUGAUCUGUGCUCCCAUAGCUCAAAAACAAUUUUAACAUAUUAAGAUAGCAGCAAAGAAGUCUCCAACCCAAUUCAGCAAUUUAGAUCAGGAUUUACAGUCAGACUCUGCAUCAGACUAAUUAAUCCUGAAAUCACUUGAAGGUCUUUUUACAUAAUGGCAUUGAUCCCAGUCACAUACUGUACACACAUCUCAUUUGUUGGAAUGCAUCUAUAAAAUACAGAAGGUUUUUGCUGACCCUGUCUGGGAACUAGUUAAGUGCUAAAAGAAAGUUGACAAAUGCUAUCAUAUAAUUAUACAAUCAAAUCAUGACAUGUGUUUUACUGCUUCAAUAUGUUUUCAUACAUGAGGUCUGUUUUAAAAUAUGAAUAACAUAAUGUGUAUUUUGUCAAAUCCAUUGCAAUAAAUGAUGCAUUGUCA